CUCUCUACCUCUGGAGGUGGAAUAUCAGGAUAAAAACACCUACAGCUGUGUGCUCAACAAUCCCGUUGGCAACCAGACCAGACAUCUGGACAUCAGCGAACUCUGUCACACAUGUUCAGUUGUGUUUAGUGAGUCAGUGUCAGUGAUGGAGGGACAUUCUGUCACUCUAAACACUGAUGUUACUGAAAUAUCUGAAGAUGAUGACAUACUGUGGAAAUUCGAUGCUGACAACUAUCUUUUAGCUGAAAUCAGUAGAGAGAAACAAAUCUUCUAUACAUAUAAUGGUACUGAUGGUAAAUUCAGAGACAAACUGAAGGUGGAUGAUCAAACUGGAUCUCUGACCAUCACAAACAUCACAUUUGAACAUGCUGGACUCUAUAAACUAGACAUAAUUGGUGUGAAAAGGUCAUCAAAAACAUUCAGUGUUUCUGUCUAUGCUCGUCUUCCUGGUCCUAACAUUACCAGAGACUGUUCUUCAUCAUCAUCAGGAUCAUCAUCACAGCAGAAUUGUUCAUUGGUGUGUUCAGUGGUGAAUGUGAGUCAUGUGACUCUCUCCUGGUACAAAGGAAACAGUUUAUUGUCCAGCAUCAGUGUGUCUGAUCUCAGCAUCAGUCUCUCUCUACCUCUGGAGGUGGAAUAUCAGGAUAAAAACACCUACAACUGUGUGCUCAACAAUCCCAUCAGCAACCAGACUCAACAAAUCAACAUCAGUGAACUUUGUCACACAUGCGCAGGUAUGUUUAGUGAGUCAGUGUCAGUGAUGGAGGGAAAUUCUGUCACUCUAAACACUGAUCUUACUGAAAUACGUGAAGAUGAUGGCAUACUGUGGAAAUAUGGAGCUGAAAACACUCUGAUAGCUCAAAUCAACAGAGAGAACCAAAUCUUCUCCACAUAUGAUGAUGUUCCUGAUGAGAGAUUCAGAGACAGACUGAAGGUGGACCAUCAAACUGGAUCUCUGACCAUCACAAACACCAGAACUGAACACGCUGGACUCUAUAAACUAGACAUAACUGGUGUAAAGCCAAAAACAUUCAGUGUUUCUGUCUAUGCUCGUCUGGCUGUUCCUAACAUUACCAGAGACUGUUCUUCAUCAUCAUCGUCAUAUUGUUCAUUGGUGUGUUCAGUGGUGAAUGUGAGUCAUGUGACUCUCUCCUGGUUCAAAGGAAACAGUUUAUUGUCCAGCAUCAGUGUGUCUGAUCUCAGCAUCAGUCUCUCUCUACCUCUGGAGGUGGAAUAUCAGGAUAAAAACACCUACAGCUGUGUGCUCAACAAUCCCAUCAGCAACCAGACUCAACAUCUGGACAUCAGUCAACUUUGUCACACAUGUGCCGACUCAGAUUCUCUGACAGUGUUGAUCUCUGUUGCUGUUGCUGGAUCUCUGUUGAUUGUUGCUGGAUUUGGAAUCUUCUGCAUCUACUGGAAAUGUAGAAAAAUUGAUGAACAAGUUCAGAUUUGUGAAGAUGAGAUGACUUGUGUCGUUAUGACAAAUGAGCCAAAGCUCCACGAAAGAAAUGCCCAUGCAUCGUGUAGUUCCAUAAGAAGCCAUUUUUCUCUUAAAUGUGUAUCGCUGGCAUAGAAGACUUCUGAAAAGUUGAAGAGGAGGAUCAAGUAGUUAGAGUAUGUACCUGUAAGCAAGAGAAGAUGAUCAAACUUUAAUCUUUUUGCUAAUGUGAAAAUUUUUAAUAGGAAAUUCCUGUGACUAACUUAGAGUUCGAGUCUGUUGUAUCGAUAGUAAGAUUUAUUUUCACGGGAAUAUGCAUGUCUAUAUAUAUUCAUGACCUUUCAUGCCUUGAUACUAGUGCAAGUUUCAGUACUUAUUUCCAUAAUUAGCGGUGCUAGUAGAAGAGCUAUUCUUGUCUAUAUCACAUCCUAUUUUU